AAAUACAAAAUGAUUAGAAAUGUUAUUAUUCUCUAUGCUUUUAAAAGAAAUCAACCUUUAAUCUCCAAAGUGCCUUCAAGCUUAUUCAGAUCAGUGCACAAUUCAAGAUAUAAAUUUUCUGAGGAAAAUGUAAAUUUUAGUGAUUUAGGAGAUGAGUUUGUAAGCCAUGUUGAUGAGCCUAGUAAAAAAGUAACCUUUCAACAAGUCCUUGAGACUUAUCAGUCUAAGUUUGGAGUGUCCAGAGAUGAAGCUAAAGAACUCGUUCUCGAAGGAAAGACAAAGUUUAAAAUUUCUUUGGAAAAAAUAAGCCAAACUUUCAAAUUAUUAGCGGCGUUUAAAAUUUCUCUUGACAAUAUCAAUAAGAAUAAUUGGGUAAUUACUGCUCCUUUAGAGUAUUUAGAAGGAAAACUUCGAGCGAUUGAAAAUCUUGAACCUCGUGAUAUCAACGACUUCUUCCCUCUUAUUAAUGCCGAUACUUUAGCCUUGUUAAAAGCUUCUAAUAUAGUCAAGAAAGAAAGGAAUGAAAUACCAAAAGGAAACAGAAUUUACUACAUUGCAGAUCGAUUAAAUAUUGAACCUGUUUUACUAUCGCAAUAUGUUGCCAAACACAUGUUCAUCUUUGAAGUUCCAUUCACUUUUAUAAUAAAUAAUUUGGAUUUAAUGUUAGAGUUUGGAAUGUCAUCCGAAAACAUUAUGAGAAAUUUAAGUGCUUUUCGUUGCUUUCCAUCAUCAGCAAGACAACGUCUUGAACGUUGUCGUUCAGUAGGAAUGAAAAAUCUCAAACCGUGGCUGAUGAGAACGCCUGACAAAAGACUGAAUUUGGUUUUAGCUCGAUCAAUAAAGAAAAUAGAAACAAUCGGCGAUAAAUCUAUAGCUGAAUAUUUAUCAGAACGCUUGAAUACGGAUAUUGAAGAAAUGAAUUAUAUUUUAUCUAAAAACAAAAAGAUUCUCUCAACUCAUGUGCCAAAGAUUAAAGAUUUCCUCGACUUUCUUCUUAUUGAAGAGAAGUUUACUCAAGAACGCGUAUUAUCUUCAAUUACUAUUCUUUGUCACUCGCUCGAAACAACAAGACAACGUCUUGACGUACUUAAAAAACUUGGUCAUCCUCCUUCAACAUUAGCAAUCUUGUGUCAAUCCAAACGAAAAUAUGAUUCAUACAUUAAUAAAAUAUUAGAAAGUAAAAAAUAAAAAAAAUUAAAUAACUUUUUG